UUACGCUACUCUUUAGGGACAAAUUCGUCAUUUUACAUUCCGCCAUUGAAAUUAAAAACUCCCUCUUUUCCUCAAGUUUUCCUCUCCAUUUUCGAUUUCCCUCUGCACAAAUAUUUUCUAUUUUUCAUAAUUUUUUUCCAGUUUUUUUCUUUCUGAAGAUUUUAUUUUAUGUAUGAAUGAUGAAUGAAAAUAGAGAAAAAUUUGGUCUUUCCAUGAAAAAGAAUGGAUUUUCAAUGGAUAUAUUGCACAAAUAUAUGAACGGAAAACGUUUCUCUUUCUCAACAGAAGAAGACAAUGAUGGAAAUGAAGAAAUAGAGUUGAGUUUGGGACUAUCUACGAAUGGAAGAUUUGGUGUGGACCCGAAAAGGGCAGCCAAAAAAGUGAAACGUUCUUCUUCAAUUUCAAAUUUGGUUUUCACGGUGGGUGCUGGUGGCGAUGAUGGUGGGCGACAAGCGGUGGGGGUGUCGGUUGACGUGUACACGCCGUUGACGAGGACUUGUUCGCUGCCGGUCGAGGCGGAGGAGGAGCUAAGGAAGAGGAGGGAGUUGCAGUCAAUAAGGCGAAUGGAGGCGAAAAGGAAGAGAUUAGAGAAGUUGAAUAAUGGACGAGUGGUGAAAGAUAAGGUCGAUUUGGGGGCAAAUUCUUCUGAAGACAAUAAUAAUAACAAAAAUAACAACAACUGUGAAAUUAAUGGGAUUGUUAAAGGAAGAAUUAAUGUUAAUUCAAAUGGGAAUGAAAUUCCAUUAUCACAGAGCUCAAUUGGAUCACAGGGAAGUGGUUCUUCAGGAAUUUCUGAUAUUCAAAGUCAACGCUCAGAAGGGGUAAAACAAGGCACUGAGGCGAAGAGCCCUCCCAGCGUCCAAUCUUUGCCAGCACAGAUUGAGCAUAAACCUGUCCGAGCUACCGAGAAGGAAGCUAAUGAAAUACAUAAGAACGUCAUGCUCGAUAUGCCAUGUGUCUCCACAAAGGGUGACGGGCCAAAUGGUAAAAAGAUCGAAGGAUUCUUAUACCGAUACAAGAAGGGAGAGGAGGUGAAAAUAGUAUGUGUUUGUCAUGGCAAGUUUCUCUCGCCGGCUGAAUUUGUGAAGCACGCCGGCGGAGAUGACGUGGCAAAUCCUUUGAGGCACAUAGUCGUUAACCAUUCUCGGUUCUUGUAGUACCUUGUACCUUUUCUGCCUUCCUUCCGGAGGGUAAUGACCAUGUUCUGUUUCUUUUCUUUCUUGUUUUGGCAAUGAUCUGCAAGUUAUCUAGAAGAAAAUUGAAGAAAUUUGAUUAA